AGUCGUUGCUUGUGAGUUGUCACCUCAGGAUACACCUGUUUCAAAAGCGAUGACAAGGAACCCUAUUUUUGUUCUUUCUGAUACACUCGCAGAGGAAGCAUUGCAGAAGAUGGUCCUUGGUAAAUUCAGACAUCUGCCUGUUGUGGAGAAUGGUGAAGUUAUUGCUUUGCUUGACAUCACAAAGUGUUUAUACAAUGCCAUAGCACGAGUGGAGAGGAUCGCCGAGAAAGGAAAAGCUAUUCAAUUAGCUGUUGAAGGGGUGGAGAAAAACUGGGGAACAUCUAUUUCUGGGGCUAAUUCAUUCCUUGAAGCUCUUCGUCAGAGGGUAUAUCAACCAUCCUUGGCCACAGUUAUCCCAAGCAACUCAUAUCCAAAGGUUGUCACAGUCUCACCAGCUGAGUCAGUUUUAGCUGCGACUAAGAAAAUGCUCGAAUAUCAUUCAAGCUCAGCAAUCAUAACUUCGGGGAAUAAGCUACUUGGAAUACUGACUUCAAGAGAUAUUUUGAUGCGUGUUGUCGCGAAAAAUCUUCAACCAGACACUACAUCUGUGGAGAGGGCCAUGACUCCCAAUCCUGAUUGCCGAACCAUUGAUGCAUCGAUCCUUGAUGCUCUUCAGACAUUGAGAGCUGGAAAAUUUUUGCAUCUUCCACUUACAGACAAAAGUGGUAAAAUUGUGUCAGUCUUAGAUGUACUUCAUAUCACGCAUGCAGCCUUAGCCACGUUUGAAAGCAAUGGUGGUGUAGGAAAUGAAGCUGUGAGUUCAUUGAUGCAGAAGUUUUGGGAUUCUGCACUGACCACUGGAUCUCUAGAGGAAGAUGAUGAGACAAGGAGUGAAGGGUCUAUGAAAAUGGCAUCUGAGGGGACAGAAACAGUGGCUUACUCAUUCCCUUCUUCAAAUUUACCAGACACCUUUUCUUUUAAGCUCCAGGAUAAGGGGGGCAGAAUCCAUAGGUUCCAUUGUGAAACGAGGAGUUUGACAUACCUCAUCACUUCCAUCCUCCAAAGGGUAGGAGGUGUCUUCGACAGGAAUCAACUACCACAGAUUCUGUAUGAAGAUGAGGAUGGUGAUAAGGUCGUCCUUGCGUGUGAUGGUGAUCUGAUUGCAGCUGUUGAUCAUGCCAGGGUUGCUGGUUGGAAGGGAUUGAGAUUAUACCUGGACUACACGGGCUUGCGUGGUUGGAAGGACGGACUAAGUACGGAUAUGGCAAGCAGCGAUUCUUGGAUAACAGCAUACAACAUGGCUGCUGCAGUUGCACUUAUAGCUGGCCUUGGUGUCAUGGUCUAUGUAAAGAGAUUCUCCUAGUCAAAUUCUAUCUUCUAAAAUGCUUCAUCUAGAAAGAAGACUCAUGCAAGAGGACAAACAACAGAUUCUUGCUCUUCGAUGCAUGUUUGACACUUUCCUGUGCGGAAUCCACCAAACUAAGCAAAAACAUGGACUAGGAUGCUGAGUGUGUGUUCGAAUCAUCUCACACGUUCUUUACGUAAGUUCAAUCCUUGUACAUGCCAUCUUUAUCAUGGUAAAUUGGAGGAUAUUAUUUCUGUGUUGUUAGGUAUCUGUUAAUCUCUUGUAAUGUCUAUCCACUAGCAUUUUUACAAAGUGGGCAUCAUCU